AUGAUAAACUCUACACAGUUUUCAUAUUUUACACUUGCUGCCUACUUUGACUCAGGGGUUUUUAAAUACCUAUAUUUCCUGAUUAUUCUGACUUUUUAUAUGUCAGUUGUUUGUGUGAAUCUUCUGCUCAUUGUGGUUAUCUGUAUGAACAGAAGCUUACAUGAACCUAUGUACCUUUUUCUGUGCAGCCUGUUUGUAAAUGAGCUGUAUGGUAGUACAGGGUUGUUUCCAUUCCUUCUGCUUCAGAUUCUCUCUGACAUUCACACUGUUUCUGCUCCCUUUUGUUUCCUGCAGAUUUUCUGUGUGUACUCUUAUGGGAGUGUAGAAUUUCUGAACUUAGCCAUCAUGUCUUAUGACCGAUAUCUUGCUAUCUGUUAUCCUCUACAAUAUAACACACGCAUGACGUCUAAAAAGAUUGCUCUGCUUAUUGCUGUAACGUGGUUAUUCCCUUUUCUUGCAAUUGCUGUAUUGAUAGCACUGAGUGCACCUUUAAAGCUCUGCGGGAACAUCAUUAACAAAGUUUACUGUGGAAACUACUCUAUUGUUAAACUGGCCUGCUCUGACACCACAGUCAAUAACAUUUAUGGACUGUUUUACACCGUCAUCUCCGUCAUCAUUCCUCUCAUUUUAAUCAUUUUCUCUUACAUGAAGAUCCUCAAAGUUUGUUUUUCUGGUUCUAAGCAGACCAGACAAAAAGCUGUCAGUACCUGCACUCCUCACCUUGUGUCUCUGCUCAACUUUUCUUUUGGUAGCUGUUUUCAAAUAUUACAGAGCAGGUUUGAUAUGAGCACUGUACCCAGUGUGUCAGGCAUUUUAUUAUCAUUAUACUUUCUAACAUGCCAGCCUCUCUUUACCCCCAUACUAUACGGGCUGAAAAUGUCCAAAAUCCGCAACAUAUGUAAACAUCUGCCGUGUGGUGAAGUAUAG